CUCGUCACACACGCGAACUUCCAUUGGAUUCCAACAAAAAGAAAUCGUCAAGCCUUUUUUCGAGUCCGCGCUGGACGACGGCGUAGAAGAAGGAGCGGACAGCAAGCAGAGCGUUUGGUUUGCUGACAUAAACGCGUCCCCGUCAUCGUGUGGAAGAACAAGACAAGCAUCAUAUCAACUGAAGGCUCUUGUGUCCCCGUCCGUCGAGCAGCCGCAACCGUCACAAGCAGGCAGCUCUUGUCUCCCAUCGCCAUCAGCAGUCACGCAAGCCUCACCCAGUCAGCCAGCACUCAAUACGCACAUCCAUCCAUCACCUUCAAUCACCAUGUCCAACGCGACUGUCGGUACCGUUUACGAGCACAUCAUCAACGAGGUGAUCAACGCUGUCCGCGUCGACUUCGAGGAGAAUGGCGUCGACGAUAGUGUUCUAGAAGAACUGAAAAAGGGAUGGCAACACAAGCUGUCCCAGCUCAACGUUGCUCAGUUUCCUUGGGACCCCAAGCCUGAAGCACCACCCCCGGCGCAGGCCGCGCAGAACACUUCCGCUGCCGUCAAUGCGCAGGCGGCUGCUGCCCAGCAACCAACGGCCAACUACACUCAGUCGACCCUGAGCCCACAAACGGCCGCUCAGCCCCUGUCUCUUCCUGGCGGCCAGCCCAACGGCAAUGGCGUCGCCAUCAAGAAUGAACCAGGCAUGGCGAACGAGCCUGCCAUCAAGCAAGAACCGGGUACUAUGCAGCCCAUGAUGCACCCCGCCUACCCUGGCAACAACGCCGCUCGUGGUGGUAUGGCCGCCCAGCGAGCUGCCCAAGCCAUUGCAAGCCGGUAUGGAUCGCAGGCCCAGGCUUCUAUCAACGCUAUUCACCAGCAAACUCAACAACCUCAGAUCCCCGGUCAGGCACCACAGCAACAGCAGCAACAACAGCAGCAGCUUAACCCACAGCAGCAAUAUCAGCAGAACGUGGCCGCCCAGAUGCAGGAGCGCAUGCAACAGCGCAUGCAACAGCAGCCUGGACAGCCUGGACAGCCGCAGCCUCCCAACCAGCAAAAUGGUCUUGGCGGCGCGCAGGUCGAUGGCUCGAGCGACGGAUUCGACGGUGUCCUGAUGCGUCGCGAUGCGGACGGCAACCCUGUCGAGAUGGGUCGCGUCGAGAUCGACAACCUGCUCCACGCCCAGCUCCUGGAAAAAGCUAAGCAGAGGGAAGGAGGCGGCUUGAUGCUUCCGUUGAAGGAAGCUACCAAGUCUCGGGGCACCGCCACCAAGAGGAGCCGUGCCGCCGCUCGUGGUGCGAAUCAGCUUGAUGGAAAUGAUGAGGAUGAUGAUGAGUUUGACGAAGAUGCCAUCAACUCUGACCUUGAUGACCCUGAGGAUGAACGGGAUGAUGACGAUGAAGAGGAUGAGGCUAGUGGCUGGAUCAUGCUCUGCUUGUAUGACAAGGUGCAGCGCGUCAAGAAUAAGUGGAAGUGCACCCUUAAGGAUGGUGUCUUGACUGUCAAUGGCAAGGAAUACGUCUUCCAUAAGGCCAAUGGUGAAUAUGAGUGGUAAGAGAUGCAGUGCUUGGCAGAAAGGACACUCUCACUUUUCUUUAGUUGCCUUCAAUGAGGCAGGCCUUCCUUAAAGGUUAUGUGGUCACCCACUUGCUAUCUAUACAUGUGGGUAAACCAUGGUUUCAAUGGAGCAAAAGGAAGCGAAUACGGUUCUACUCUUUGGUAGGAUGGCUGAGGGGAUAGAGUGGGGACGGAAAAUGAGUCAAGGAGGAAGGGGAUCAUAGUUUUGCGAUGAGCAAGGAAGCAGAGGGAAAACUGCGCGCAUGGGGUUUUGCGAGGGAAUGAAGGGAAUGAAAGAAUGAAGGCAGAUGGAUAUAUCUCUAGAGAUUGGCGAGGCUUGGUCUUCAGAUAUCUAGGAGCGAAGUUCGAACAGUUUUAGAAAUCAUAUAAAAUCUUCGUCAGGCC